CUUUCUUAUGAUUGAUUAUCCUGUAGGUCAAAGAGUGAGACGGCUACUCGAACUAGCGAGAUACUCACUUAUGAAGCUAGUUGCCAGUCACGUGACCAGUCUGAUAUAGAGGUUCAGACAGAUGAAGAGAAACGAGAAGAACGUCACCAUUACAUAGUUGAUAAUUCAGCAGAAUUAAGAGAAUUUUUGAGAAGAGUAGAACCAAUGAUAAUGAAGGCUUUGGAUAGAAAUGUAAAGACACAUGCAUUUGAUGGGUAUAAAGCUGAAUGGGAGGAUGAAACUACAGGCACUAGUGUGAUACAUACUUUACAAUAUUCACCAUUUAAAGAUUAUCAGUGCACUAGUUUAUCAUGGAACACCACUGGCUCAGUCAUAGCAGUGAGUUAUGGCAAGUUUAAUCAUGAUGAUUGGUGUAAUCACAAAUCUGCUGUGUGUACUUGGAAUAUUGAUAGGAGGAGCAUAGAUCCCAAUAAACCUGAUGUCAUCAUCGAGCUACCUGUAUGCAUAAUGUCUCUUGCAUUUCAUCCAUCUUUACCAGCUAUCUUAGCAGUUGGAGCAUUUGAUGGAGGACUGCACAUUUUAAACACUGGCAAUGAAAAUGACCCAAUUAUCAGUUCAUCAUCAGGGACGGGCCACAAGGAACCCAUUGCUCAGUUGAAGUGGAUACUUAGGGAGGAAGAGGGACCGUACAGGGGAGACCAUCGUCUACUGUCACUGGGUAAUGAUGGAAUGAUCUUUGUUUGGGACUGGGACUCUCGAGGACGAGUAGUUGGAGUAGCCCCUGAGUCUAAACUGGUACCAAGUCAAGGACUGUCAUUAAGAUCAGCCAAUAUACCUAAUAAUUUGAGCAUUGCUAAGAGUAAUGCUGAAUUAGGAGGUAGUUGUUUGUCAUUCUCGUGUGAAGAUAAAAGUGUUUUUUGUUGUUGGUUGUGAAAAUGGUUUGUUGAUCAUGAAAGUGCUCUUUGGAUGAUCUCUCUUCUGUCUCAGUUUCAAAAGAUCUAAAAUGAUGCUUAUGAUGUGGUAUGGAUCAUUACUUCUUUUCUUUUUGCUAAAAAUUAGCUGUAGUUCAGAUGAAUGCACAGAAAGGUUUAUGGAGCUUUCAUUACUAAACUACACAGCAGAAAGAAUAGGAAUAGAUCCACCUGAAAUCUAUGCCGGUGAUAAUACACUAAGAGUCCUUCAAGAGUAUCAGUUCAAUUGUUCAUCUUCUAAUAUAACCAGUCUUGUAUUGGGCAUUAAUAUAAGGAGAAGCGGUGGAGAUCGUAAACUAUUUCCUGAUGUUCGAGUCUUUAGACCUAAUGGUAGUGGAUCAAAUACAUAUUCUCUAGUGACUGGUAGUGAGAGAACAAUUUAUUAUUCUACCUCUAAUGUCAGUACUGAU